CACAAACACGCGCACACACACACUCGCACACAAACACACACAAACACACUCGCACACAAACACACACACACACUCGCACACACACACACAAAAACACUCGCACACAAACACACACUGGCACACACACUCACACACACUGGCACUCACACACAGACACACAAGCACACGCGCGCUGGGCCCGAGUUCAUUGCAGACGCGGGGCCCAAGGUCGCGAGCUGCGGUGACGCGGAGUGAGAGGCGCGUGUACGUGCGUGCGCGUGCGUGCGCGUGCGUGCCUCUCACACAGCGCGUCACCGCAGCGGGAGCGGUGGCGAGACGCCGCGCCACGAAACCCGCAGAGCCGCAGGGCUCCGUUCCCGGUUCCCGCUCGCGGACACCGACCACGACGAUGAUUGCGGUUGCACCCGAGUCAAGAGCCGAACGGCUGACAGGGCUACACCUGAUACAUGAACUGAAUCUGGACCGGUCCUGGGCCUUUACUCGGACGACUUGGCCUCCAAUGAGUACCGGGUGCCGUGCGUGUAAACAUCGCCACUGGGGAGACAAAGGCGGCCGGGAGUGGAGCUGCCUACACGACUCCCCUCGUGUGCCGUGCUUGGUCGAGGCGGUCUCUGCAGGUGAAGCCCUGCGCGCCUGAGCAUCAUCACACACACAGUCACUCACGCACUCACACACUGACACACUCACACACUCACACAGUGACACACUCACACACUCACACACUCACUCACUCACACACUUACACACUUACACACUCACUCACUCACACACUCGUACACUCACACAUACUGACACACACUGACACACACAGUCACCCACACACACUGACACACAGUCACUCACACACACUGACGCACAGUCACUCACACACACUGACACAUAGUCACACACACUGACACACACACAGUCACUCACACACACAGUCACUCACACACACUGACACACAGUCACUCACACACACUGACACACAGUCACUCACACACACAGACACACAGUCACUCACACACACACUCACACACACAGUCACUCACACACACUGACACACAGUCACUCACACACACAGACACACAGUCACUCACACACACUGACACACAGUCACUCACACACACUGAUACACACACAGUCACUCACACACACUGACACACAGUCACUCACACAUACUGACACACAGUCACUCACACACACUGACACACAGUCACACACACACACUCACACACAGUCACUCACACACACAGACACACAGUCACUCACACACACAGUCACUCACACACACUGACACACAGUCACUCACACACACUGACACACAGUCACUCACACACACUGACACACAGUCACUCACACACACUGACACACAGUCACUCACACACACUGAUACACACACAGUCACUCACACACUGACACACAGUCACUCACACAUACUGACACACAGUCACUCACACACACUCACACACAGUCACUCACACACACAGACACACAGUCACUCACACACACAGUCACUCACACACACUGACACACAGUCACUCACACACACUGACACACAGUCACUCACACACACUGACACACAGUCACUCACACACACUGACACACACACAGUCACUCACACACACUGACACACAGUCACUCACACACACUGACACACAGUCACUCACACACACUGACACACAGUCACUCACACACACAGUCACUCACACACACAGUCACUCACACACACUGACACACAGUCACUCACACACACUGACACACAGUCACUCACACACACUGACACACAGUCACUCACACACACUGAUACACACACAGUCACUCACACACUGACACACAGUCACUCACACAUACUGACACACAGUCACUCACACACACUCACACACAGUCACUCACACACACAGACACACAGUCACUCACACACACAGUCACUCACACACACUGACACACAGUCACUCACACACACUGACACACAGUCACUCACACACACUGACACACAGUCACUCACACACACUGACACACACACAGUCACUCACACACACUGACACACAGUCACUCACACACACUGACACACAGUCACUCACACACACUGACACACAGUCACUCACACACACAGUCACUCACACACACAGUCACUCACACACACUGACACACAGUCACUCACACACACUGACACACAGUCACUCACACACACUGACACACAGUCACUCACACACACGCGCGCUCACCUGGGCCCGCGCCGCGACCAUGCGAUCCCUGCCGACCGCCUCGGCCACCGCGUGGCUCCUCCUCCUCCUGCACCUCCUGCACCUCCUGCUCCACCUCGUCACCUGCCAGGCGCUGAGCGUUCUGAACGGUCCCUACAUGACCUCAAGUGAAGUGGUGCGCUUCGAGGAGGUGAUGCAGCGCAGCUACUGCCGCCCCAUGGAGACGAUGGUGCCGGUGUCACGCGAGUUCCCCGACGAGGUGGCCCACUUCUUCCGGCCCGCCUGCGUGCCGCUGCUGCGCUGCUCGGGCUGCUGCAACGACGAGGGCAGCGAGUGCGUGCCCACGCACACCACCACCAUCACCAUACAGGUGUACAAGAACAGACCGUCUCACGGGGGGGGCUUCCAGGAGCUCCCGUUCACGCAGCACAGCGAGUGCGAGUGCAGGUGA